UUAGCAGCAUCAGCAAUACAACUGUGUCAGCCCUCCUGAAUACUGGAUGCUUGUCAUCGUACAAGGGGAAAUGAUCUACUGUAUUUAGGAUUUAUUUAUUUGAUAAUGGCUUAAACAGAUCCUGAUGGACAGACCUGCUGUUUGAAGCUUUCUUCACUAGCUCUGAAGAUGCUGACAAAUAGAGAUGGUUGUGAUGUUCUUUUGUAAGACAGGAAAUGCAAUCUUUGGGGGUUUCUGGAAAUAGAAAGGUCAUGCAGCCUGGAACCAGUGAGCCAUGCCAGUCUCUAAGUCAUCAGAGAAAUGAUGAAGAAGCUAUUGUGGAUAGAGGUGGAACUCGCUCAAUCCUCAAAACACACUUUGAAAAGGAAGAUUUAGAAGGUCACCGUACAUUGUUUAUUGGAGUCCAUGUUCCUCUGGGAGGAAGAAAGAGUCACCGACGUCAUAGACAUCGUGGUCAUAAACAUAGAAAGAGAGAUAGAGAAAGAGAUUCGGGAUUAGAAGAUGGACGGGAAUCUCCUUCUUUUGACACCCCAUCGCAGAGGGUACAGUUUAUUCUUGGAACCGAGGAUGAUGACGAGGAACACAUUCCUCAUGACCUUUUCACAGAGCUUGAUGAGAUUUGCUGGCGUGAAGGUGAGGAUGCUGAAUGGCGAGAGACAGCCAGGUGGCUGAAGUUUGAAGAAGAUGUAGAAGAUGGAGGAGAAAGGUGGAGCAAGCCAUAUGUGGCUACUCUUUCCCUGCACAGUUUAUUCGAGUUGAGAAGUUGUAUCCUGAAUGGCACUGUGCUGCUGGACAUGAGGGCUAACACACUAGAGGAAAUUGCAGACAUGGUUCUUGACCAACAAGUAAGCUCUGGGCAGCUCAGUGAGGAUGUCCGCCACAGAGUCCAUGAAGCCCUAAUGAAACAGCAUCACCAUCAGAACCAGAAAAAGCUGACUAAUAGGAUUCCUAUUGUUCGAUCUUUUGCUGACAUCGGCAAGAAGCAGUCAGAACCGAACUCCAUGGAUAAGAAUGCAGCUCAAGUUGUUUCUCCUCAGUCUACACCAGCCAGUGUUGAAAAUAAAAAUGAUGUGAGCAGAGAAAACAGCACUGUCGAUUUUAGUAAGGGACUGGGAGGCCAGCAAAAAGGGCAUAAUAGUCCAUGUGGGAUGAAACAAAAGCUUGAAAAAGGACCUCCACAUCAGCAAGAGAGAGAGGUUGAUCUACAUUUCAUGAAAAAGAUUCCUCCUGGGGCAGAAGCUUCAAACAUCUUAGUGGGUGAACUAGAAUUCUUGGACCGAACUGUAGUUGCAUUUGUUAGAUUGUCCCCAGCAGUAUUGCUUACAGGACUGGCUGAGGUGCCAAUUCCAACCAGAUUUUUGUUUAUCCUUCUGGGGCCACUGGGAAAGGGUCAGCAGUACCAUGAGAUUGGCAGAUCAAUUGCAACCUUAAUGACAGAUGAGGUCUUCCAUGAUGUUGCCUAUAAAGCUAAGGAUCGUAAUGACUUGCUUGCAGGAAUUGAUGAAUUUCUUGAUCAGGUUACUGUUCUCCCUCCUGGAGAGUGGGAUCCAACCAUUCGAAUAGAACCCCCCAAAAAUGUUCCUUCUCAGGAGAAGAGGAAGAUCCCUACAGUGCCCAAUGGAACAGCAGCUCAUGGUGAAGCAGAGCCCCAUGGCGGGCACAGUGGGCCUGAACUGCAACGAACCGGAAGGAUUUUUGGGGGACUUAUUUUAGAUAUCAAAAGGAAAGCUCCAUACUUCUGGAGUGACUUCCGAGAUGCUUUCAGCCUGCAGUGCUUAGCAUCGUUUCUGUUUCUCUACUGCGCGUGUAUGUCUCCUGUCAUCACAUUUGGAGGGCUGCUGGGAGAAGCAACCGAAGGUCGUAUAAGUGCAAUUGAAUCUCUAUUUGGAGCAUCUAUGACUGGAAUAGCUUAUUCUCUCUUUGGUGGACAACCUCUGACUAUACUGGGUAGUACAGGACCUGUAUUGGUGUUUGAAAAGAUAUUGUUCAAGUUUUGCAAAGAAUACGGGUUGUCAUAUCUCUCUUUGAGAGCUAGUAUUGGGCUCUGGACUGCAACUCUCUGCAUCAUCCUUGUGGCCACUGAUGCCAGCUCUCUUGUCUGCUACAUAACCCGAUUUACCGAAGAAGCCUUUGCUUCUCUUAUCUGCAUAAUUUUCAUUUAUGAGGCUCUAGAGAAGCUGUUUGAACUGAGUGAGGCAUAUCCAAUCAACAUGAAUAAUGAUUUAGACCUCCUGACACAAUAUUCAUGUAACUGUGUGGAACCACAUAAUCCUAGCAAUGAUACCUUGAAGGAAUGGAGAGAAUUCAAUAUCUCUGCCUCUGACAUAAUUUGGAAGAACUUAACUGUGUCAGAAUGUAACUCUUUGCAUGGAGAGUAUGUUGGAAGAGCUUGUGGACAUGAGCACCCAUAUGUUCCAGACGUCCUUUUUUGGUCAGUGAUUCUGUUCUUCUCCACAGUGACCCUCUCAUCUACGUUGAAACAAUUCAAGACUAGCCGGUAUUUUCCAACAAAGGUUCGAUCCAUAGUGAGUGACUUUGCUGUCUUUCUUACUAUUUUGUCUAUGGUUUUAAUUGACUAUGCCAUUGGAAUCCCAUCUCCAAAACUAAAAGUUCCAAGUGUUUUCAAGCCUACCAGGGAUGACCGUGGCUGGUUUGUUACUCCAUUGGGACCAAAUCCAUGGUGGACAGUGAUUGCUGCUGUGAUUCCAGCUUUACUUUGUACUAUUCUUAUCUUUAUGGACCAACAAAUCACGGCAGUCAUUAUCAACAGAAAAGAGCACAAGUUAAAGAAAGGAUGUGGGUACCAUCUGGAUUUACUGAUGGUGGCAGUCAUGCUUGGCGUGUGCUCCAUUAUGGGACUCCCAUGGUUUGUGGCUGCCACAGUUCUCUCAAUUACUCAUGUAAACAGCCUGAAACUGGAAUCUGAAUGUUCAGCCCCAGGGGAACAACCCAAGUUUCUUGGCAUCCGAGAACAAAGAGUUACAGGGCUCAUGAUUUUUAUCCUUAUGGGUUCAUCUGUCUUUAUGACCAGCAUUCUCAAGUUUAUUCCAAUGCCAGUGCUUUAUGGGGUAUUUCUUUACAUGGGUGCCUCGUCUCUAAAGGGAAUUCAGUUCUUUGACAGAAUAAAGCUUUUCUGGAUGCCAGCAAAACACCAGCCAGAUUUCAUAUACCUACGGCAUGUACCUCUUCGCAAAGUCCAUCUCUUCACCAUCAUUCAGAUGAGUUGCCUUGGCCUCCUAUGGAUAAUCAAAGUUUCAAGAGCUGCCAUUGUCUUUCCCAUGAUGGUAUUAGCUUUGGUGUUUGUAAGAAAAUUGAUGGAUUUAUUUUUUACCAAACGAGAAUUAAGCUGGUUGGAUGAUUUGAUGCCUGAGAGCAAGAAAAAGAAAUUGGAAGAUGCUGAAAAAGAGGAAGAACAAAGUAUGUUAGCCAUGGAAGAUGAGGGUACUGUGCAGCUCCCACUGGAAGGGCAUUAUAGAGAUGAUCCAUCUGUGAUCAACAUUUCUGAUGAAAUGACAAAAACAGCAUUGUGGAGGAACCUUCUGAUCACCUCAGAAAACUCAAAAGAUAAGGAGUCAAGCUUUCCUUCUAAAAGCUCCCCUUCCUAAAUCACUCUAGAAGCUGAUUCCCCAAAGCACUGAAGGCAGAAAAGAGAAGAAAGCUGACUCAGGGAAAGGUGUUGACAGGGAGACUUGUCUAUGACUUGUUCUUCAAUUUAUUUUUACAAACAUACAAGAAGAGUGCCACAAUUAUUAAUAAAACUGCUUUGAUCAUGUAUUGUAAAUUCUGUCUCUCAUCCCAAACUCACGCCCACACUGUAAGUAGUGUAAUACUAAUUUUUUUUUCAUUUUUUUCCCUCUUUUUAAAACUUCUGAGUGGUGAGACAACCUUGUGAACAUCCCUGGUAGCCAAUGCAAGAAUCUGUGUAUUCCUUGCUGGAUUAACCAUUUAUAAACACUAAAUUCAUGUCAUCACUCUCAUAAGAACAGUUGCUUUUUGAGAGGACUCAUGUGAGUUGACUUGUAUUUUACUUUUUUCCUGGCCUCGUAAUGCCUAUAAAUUUCAUCCAAAGGAAAUUUGAAAGAUAGCCCUACUUCUUUUCGAUUUUUAUAGCUUAGCAUUAAUGAUUUAUUGCAAACGACCCAAAUCAAAAAGUUAGUCUGAAAGCUCUUUUUUAAGGUAAUUCUAUUUGUGCUGUCUUCCUUGAUUCAAUAAAAGGCAUUUAAUAUUUUAAAAUUUGUAUUAACUGAAGCAUAAAGUCAUUUGGGGGAAUCAAAAUUUAAAAAAAAUCUCUUCGCAUCCUGUUUUAGACAUUGUAAGAAAAUCUUCAGAUAGCAUUCAUUCAGAAUGUGUGCACUGUGUACAUUAUCCAAUAUGGACGAUGGGAAAUAUUAAAGUCAAUGAACCAAUACUUUUAUAAAUAAUUUGGGGAAGUUUUCAAUAUAAACCUUUGUCUGAAUUAUGUAGUUAGGUUUAUUUACUUCUGACACCAAGUUUCUUUUUCCAAAUCAGCAUUUAUUUACACAUAUACAACAUAACCCAUGAUGAAUCAUUGUAUAAGAAAUACCAAUGUGUACAAUAAUUCUACCACUGAGGAUCCUGCCCUGUUUCAUACUAGGUUGGAAUUUGUUCUAAUGUGAGGUUGACAGGUGUCCAGUUGUGAUUUUUUUUCCUGCAACGCUUUUAUACUGUUCUAUUAAAAAUGCAUGCUGUCAAGAAAUAAACCUCAAACUGAACAUUUCAGCUAAUGACCAGGGGAAUUUCCAGUUGAUAUUUCAGUCUAUUCCAAGUCAUCUCAUCUUUACCAAGCUUGUAGAAGAGGAAAAGGCUAUUUCCAAUUUUGGAGUACUGUUUGAAAGGAUAACUUUUUAAUUCAUUUUUAAUGAAAUUCAAUAAUAAUUCUAAUAGCCAUUUUAGUGUUUUGAGAUUCCAGGAAUGCCCAUAGGCCACUGAGCUUGUACUCUUUUUAAUGUUCACUUUUGCAAAGAUUCAGAGUUCUUCUAAUGUGUUUAAUUACAUUUGCUCAAAGUGAUUUUGUUUUCCAUACUCAAUGUGGGGGGAAGGGUUCCUUUGAUAAUUAAGUCAAUGAACAGUAUUUUGUAACAUUCUCUUUACUAUUGUCUUGAUCUCAUCACUUCCUAAAAUUUUUCUCACAGCCCUUUAAGCAGUUAUUUAAAUGGAAACAAGCCUAAUGGAUACAAAGAAGGACUUGCAUUUAAUAACAAUAAAAGAUUGUAUUUAUAAAUUCAGGAGGCAAAGUAUAGAAACUUCCUGUCCUAAACACAUUGUUUUCAUGUAUUCAAUAACGCAGAUACUAUUUGUAACAUUCCAACUGAUUUAUGAUUUAGACUAGAAAUAUAUGCCAGUCAGACCCCAAAGCAGGCUCCUCGUAUUUUGAUAUAUUAAUAACUCUGUUAAAAAAGGGAUCAUAGUGAAGUGAACGUUUCACAUGAUCAUCUAUUAGACUAUUAAGCAAUCAUUGUAUCCAAUGGCAUUCUGUGUUUGAGCAUUUUUUAUAGUCACGCUGUUCUUGUGUGGAUUUUAAUGCUAUCCUUAUGUUAAUCCCAACAUUUUGAAAUCACACAAAAUAUAAUGCAAAUGUAGUGUUAUAUAUUUACUUCUAAUUUCAUAUUCCUGGUCAAAAUUGCUGAAUUUCUUGGAUGUAAUUUAUUACAAAGUAAAGUGUACAUGUGAAUAGGAUAUUGUGUUUUUCACAACUAAGAAAUGUUAUGUGGAAAUAAAUAUUUAUCCUAACUAA